AUGGCGAUUCGGUUCGUCGAGGUGAGACGUCGUCUUCAUGUAGCAUUCUUUCUCGUGUUUACUUGAAACGUAGAAUUUCUGCAAACAUUUGCUUUCAUAUUUGUUUGUCAUAAAUAAACUUCGUUUUUGGGCCAAAUUUUUCUCGUCAGGAAACGCUGAGUUCACGAAACGGCCUCUUCUAGGCGAAUAAACGGGAGUUGUAAACAAUCCAUCGAGCACAAAACUCAACAACAGUAAAUGGAAAAACGCUGUUUUGAAUCCUUCGAAGUCUUUUCUUGCCUGAAAAAAAGUCAAUCCUAGGAUUUUGUCGACUUUUAAGAGAUCUUUCUCUUAGAAAAUGGGAAAAAAACCGAGCUCACACCUUAUCCACUCGCUAGGAGGUGAAUAUUGUCGAAUAGUCCGAGAUAGCGAACCAAUCAGAUUGCUUAAAUCACCAAGAUCAAUGAGUGUGUAUAUACUAAUAGGCUAUAUGUUAUAGCCCACUAGUAGCGAAAGGCGCGGGCUUUUUGGCGGCAAACAAAGAUUUAAGUCUGGAUUUAACUAGCUAAAAGUUUUUUAAUCUCGAUAUUUUUGACCAACUAGUUGGAUUUUACUAAAACAAUUAUUCCUCGAGCCCGAAUGGCCUCUGGGUCAAUAGCCCAUGAGGCCGAUGAGGCCGAAGGCCGAAUGGGCUAUUGACUCAGAGCUCAUUCGGGCUCGAGGAAUAAUUGUUAAAUAUUCACCUCCUAGCGAGAGGAUGAUGUGUGAGGUCAGUGUUUUUCCCAUUUUUUUAGAGAGCGAUCUUUUAGAAGUGGACAAAAUCCUAGAGUUGACUUUUUUAAGGCAAGAAAAGACUUGGAAGGAUUCAAAACGGCAUUUUUCCAUUAACUGUAGCUGAGUUUUGUGCUCGAUGGAUUGUUUACAACUCCCGUUUAUUCGCGUAGAAUAAGCCGUUUCGUGAACUCAGCGUUUCGUAACAAGAAAAUUUGGCCCAAAAACCGAAGUUUAUUUAUCACAAACAAAUUUGAAAGCAAAUGUUUGCAAAAACUGUACGUUUCAAGUGAAGGGAAAAAGAAUUCUACAGGAAGUCGACGUCUUACCUCAUUUUUGUGAGCACUAUAUAUGUCAUGCGAAGAACGACUCAACAAACCCUAUUGGCUAUAAACUUGGCGAGUCAACAGAAAACAACAAAGCUCUACUUUUCUUCCCAGGUAAGGAAACAAUUCAAACUUUUAACGGUUUCGUUUAAACCAUUACGCUGUUGUUUGCGAAGUGAUAAACUUGUGAAUUGCCAUGUUAGAAAAUUCUGCAAAGAUAUGUUUUUUAAACUUUCGCGUGAUUUGAUCCGUCGAUCAAAUCGCACUUUUUAAUGGUUUGCUCUCUGAUUUUGUUGAGAUCAUUUCGUGUGUAUAUACUAAAAUAUUAUUCUUUUCAAUCUCGGCAAAUGGUCGCUUUAGGAAUAUUUACCUCGAUUUCAUAAAAAAAAUUGUUAAAUAUACAUACUUAGAUAUACUCAAUCGUUCAUACUGUAGUUUCAUAUUUUGUCCAGUUAGGCAGCGAAGCAUUGCUUGAGUUUCGCGCCAUUGUUUCCCGACUUUUAUAGGUGCUUGUCGCUUGCAGCGCUCUUGCUUCGCGAGUUGUUUCGUAGUUUUUCAACUGAGUUCGGAGAUUGGAAUACAGGAGCUUCGUUUAUUUAUAAAACCUUAUAUACUCGAGAUAAUUAUACUCACUGGAAAGCUGUGUCGUAAAUUUUCAUACAAUGGUUCAGUUCCAGUCAAUCAGAGGAGCGACAGAUCUUUUUCACGUGUGCAAAAGAUCUUUCGCCCAAUCAGAAUCGCGAACGAUGUUUUUUCAUUUGCGAGAGAAAUGAUACGUGCCAUCAAAAGUCACAGCGGUGCGGAGUUUCGUGCCAAGUUUCCCGACCCAGUUUUGUAUGAGCUUGCAGCCAUGCAGCGCCCUCGUUUCGUGAGUCAUUCAGCGAGGAACUUUUUCAAUUGUUCAUUUAAUGUUCCAUAAAGGCUAGUUUUUCUCGAAGAAACGUGAGCAACAGUCUGGAAAUUGGAAGGGAAUAGCUUUGUGUAUUUCAUUCUCACUGACGAAAAUUGCUGAGAGCUCGCAAAACAAAGGGAAAAAAAACAAGAAAGCUUGACAAUUGUAGAUUCAGAACAAUAAGUUAAUAUUACUUGUAUUUUUUAACUAUUAGUUCUUAAAAGGCGACACCGUUAGUUUUAUGUCACUUUACGAUGUGUAGCCUGCAAGCCAACGGUAGAAAGAGAAAAAACAGAACGAGAUAACAUAAGCGUAAGUUUAAUUUCAGAUUGCACUUGAGAUAGCUGCUAUUUUCCUUCUGAUUUCAAAAUAGCCUUUUCAGUCGAUCAAAUUGCCAAUGAUUUUGUAUUCAAGCGAAUUUUGUAUUGAACUCUACAACUAUACAAUUUCCGAUUAAUUUAUAUGUUCUUACCCACGUUACAAUUUUUACUAGUAGUUGUACGUGUCAAAAGAUAAUGUUCAGUUGUUUUGUUUGUCGUUUCACAAUGUAUAGAAGCCAUUUCAAAAUGGCACUUGAUUAUUUUGGAAAAAAUUGAAAUCAAAGACCGCUAGAAUGAAUAAUGUCUCAGCAUGUAUAUAAAAAAUAAGCAUAUAACCUCAGGGAAAGUGUUUUGUACGGUAUUUACGCACUCGUUGUCUCGUUUUUGUUUACCAUGGAUUUCUGAUAGGACAACAGCCUGUGCGUAAAUUAAAUACCGUAAGCGAGGACAUUCUGUGAAGUAUUCUGUAUAUACUGACGUCCCAUAAAUGUAGUUGUUUGAAACUGUACUGUAAGCAACCUUAAACAAACGUUCUUUCCUUAUGCACCAGGUGAGGCACGUGAUCAUGAUGCAGAAGAGCUGAAAGACGAAACCCCCGCAGCAGGUAUGUUUGCUCGAGGUCUACAAAACCGGGUUAGCUUUAGCCUGCACGUAUAAAAGUUUAGACACCUUUCAGCUUAGUUUUAAAAAGAUAGAAAAUAGUGUGACAAUUACCCCUUUAACAUCUAGCACGCAGGUUGGGGUAUAAUGAAAAAGACAAAGUCAGACGUCUUGUUUCCCUCCAGUGACCCCAACAUCUGAACUAAACAAAAGGUGUUAAACACAGCCAGCAUUAUACUCAUGCAUGGAGGUCUGUGAAAGGAGUCCUGAAUCACUUCCUGGGGGAACCAGGUCCCAUGAAUGUGACAAUAACCUGACAAAGAAUUGAUUUUUUUUUCCUUGAAGCUUCCUGCAUCACUGAUCUCGGGUCAAAAAAUUGGUUGCAUGAUCAAUAAAUGACAAUUGUGCACCGCAAAACUAGCUGACAGUGCAAAAUAUGCUUACAGUGAUAGUUUUCGGAAAAUACUUUAAAAUUAUGCUUGUAAUGACUUAUUAUGUCAAAAAUUAUGUCAGCACAAUCUAUCAAACCCUAAUAAGUGUACCAAAGAGUGGCACAGAACCUUUCUCAUAUGUGAUGCUUCGUGCUCACAUUCGAUCGAGAUCGGCGCGGCGACGCUUCGUUGCAAAAGUCAUGCGGAAGCCCGGGGGGGGGGGGGGCUCGGAGAUUUUUUUUGGGGGGGUGUGUCCCCCCGGGGCCCCCAAUUGGGCCCCCCUUUUGAAAAAAAUUCCCCCCUAAACUUUACCCCCCUUUCUAAACAGGGCCCCUUUUUUUUUACCCCUCUUUCAUUGUCGCCCAACCACACACCCCCAUUCCUAACACUGGCCCCUUUUUCUAUUUUCUUGAUAAAUUUAAAAUGCCGCUCUCAAAAAUAGAGGCUUUCGGCGGUCUAAAAAUUAUUACCCCUUCUCAAAAAACCCCCCGGAAAGGGUUACCCCUUUCAAAACAGGGGGUUUAAAAACCCCCCCCCCUUUGGGGGGCCCAUCCCCGGAAGGGAAAGGAAAGGGGGGCCCCCCCCCCCCCCCCCGCGGGUGCGGAAGUCACCGUCAAGCUAGCUCAAUUGGAUAAGAGCCUGUCUGCUGAGCGGGAGGCCGCUCGUUCAAACCUCGGCCGGACCAACACUCAGGGUCUUUAAGUAACUGAGGAGAAAGUGCUGCCUUUGUAAUGGUUAGACAGUCUUCUCGGAUAAGGACGAUAAAUCGUUAGCCUCGUCUCCCAAGCCUUGCACAUGUAAUGAAACGCUGUAGGACGUUAAAGAACCCAAACACUCUUCGUAAUGAUUAGGGGGACAUAGUCCCCCGUGGUGGUCUAUCUCAAAUUCACACUCGCAUAGGGGGCAUUAUUACUCAUCCCUUCAUUACUUGUAAACAGCCCCAUAAGCAGUCUCGCAAAGACCCCCAACCAGUUUUGUUAUUAUCUCUCAAUUUACAGUUACAAUUAAAAUUACAAUUACUUAUGUUUGCCAGAAGCCCUAUCCGGUUUAACUAUCAGGUACGGUUUUCGUGACGGCGCAUGCGCUAUUCGGUUUCCGGUGAAGCUGACAACGGCGACGUGCAUGAAAACGCCUUUAGAAAACAGAUUUUGCAUCCUUUCAAACGGUUUUGCGAUUGUCUAAAGUUGCUCAGAUACUUAAAAGAAGGGAAUAUAUGUUGGCUGUGAAGAAAGGGGGACGCGUCAGAAUUCGAGAAGGGUUGGCCUUGUCGUUCCCCGUCUCAAGUAAAAUUAAGUUUUGGCCAUUUCACGUCGUAGUUGUGCAGGGAAGGCAAAGAAAUUGGUGAUGCACGUGCAGAGUUGUUGUUUUGCUCAUUAGAUCUAUUGCUGCUUUGACGUUCCCGUUGCCGUUGCCGUCGUAUUUUUGUAACUCCAGGCGUAACUGGUCCCUGAUCACGGUUCAGAGAUCUUCGGCCUACUAACAGAGAUCUAUAGGCGUCAGUUGCAGGUCGUCGUUUUAUUUGCAAACCAUAAUACCGACUCGUUUAUUGUUAUUUUUACUUUUAGGGGUGGAAGUUGAUCUAAGGAAGUUUAUAGAACAAUCAAAGAAUCCCAAAGGAAAAAGGUGGAAUGUCGACGAUAUUGUAAAUAUGGUCACCGCUGAGAACUUGUGCUCCUGCCGAGACCCCAUAAACAUGGCUUUUCAGGUAUAUAACCAUAUAUAUGUUGUUUUUCAGUAGUGUCUCAUGAAGAGAGCUCACAUACUGACAGCCUCGACGCGCACAGUUUAUUCUAUAAAGUUUUGUUUUACAGGAUCGCUUUGGAGGAGGAAGGCUAGAACGGUCAUUUUGAGAAACUACUUGUGAAUGUCAAUAAACACAGCAUCGUGUCAAGCAAACAUGUCUCCCAAGCAUUAUAUCAAACGUGGAUCAAUGUAGGUUUCUGGGAAAAUGCCCACUUACUCCUCCCCUAAGCCGACAUUAACACUUACUUCUCGUUUUAAGCAAAUGCAAAGAACUCUGUAUGACUAAAAGAGGUGUUACACCUGACUUCCCUCCUCAAUGUGGCAUAGAAAAGAUUGACAGUUUCACUUUAUUAGGUGUCACAUUACAAACCGACUGUAAGUUUUCAUCUCAUGUUAAGGGAAAGCCUCGGGACGCAAACAAGUGUUUGUACAUUUUAAGAUCACUAAGAAAAGAUGGAUACACGCAGAUAGAGAUAGAUCAUCUCUUUAAGGCUAUUGUUCAGCCAAAGAUCACAUACGCACUUCCGGCAUAUGGAGCCAGCCAGGUAGAUUUAAACACCAUACAAUACUUUUUAAAAAGGUGCAAUAAGCGACGUUACACUUAUGACUUUUUAGAGAAGUUUGAUCGCAGGUUGUUCACCAAAGUUAAGAACAAUGUUAACCAUCCAUUAUAUGCCCUUUUGCCGAAAGUCAAAGACUCAUCCAAGAAGUUAAGAUCACAAACAAGUCAAUUACCACGGAUUAAUACAGAACAUUUUAAGAAUUGCUAUUUUAAUAGAAUAAGGUUUCAAUACAACUUGGCAAUUUAACAAAAUUGAUAUCCAAUGUUUUAUUUAGGUUUUAUAUAAUAAUUGUAAAUGAUCUGUGUGAUUUUCAUGAUUUGUAUACUUUUACUCUCUGUAACGUUUGUUAUGUAUUUUAACGGGCGAAAUGAAGACAUUUAUUAUUAUUAUUAUUAUUAUUAUUAUUAUUAUUAUUAUUAUUAUUACUACUACUACUAUUGGGGCAAAUUGUUGGCUUAGGGGGGAGGGGUAGGUGGGCAGUUUCCCAGAAACCUAAGUUGAUCCUAAAACGUUAGAAACAACAACAACCGUCUUUGAAAAAAGUCAGUUUCAAAAACCACAAUUGCAAUCCGUUUUAAUCUUCUUCGAGUUUGUCCGUCCUUGCCUCUUUUGGUAUUAUUUUACAGUGUUAUUUAUACCUUUUUUCUUUCAUGUUUUGACCGAUUAAUUUUAAGCUUCACUCAGUUUGUGGGUGUUCCUAUGCACUGUUUGAAUUUUGAAAAUUUUCGUGAGACAGCUGCUUUGUUACCUUUGAUACCCAAUUUCCAUGGUCAAGCGAUGGUGGUAUUGACGGGUUCCACUGUAAACUAAUGUAUGAUCUUGAACGAUAAUCUCCUUUUGGAAGGUAAACUGCGCACUACAACGCUCUGCUAUGAAAUACUCGGAGAACACAGUCUUACUCAACAAGCUUGCAGAGCAGACUGAAAACUUUGCAGUGCAAUUAAUCGAUCAAGUCUCUGUCAGCGAGGAACUGGUUAUUCGCAAUAAACCUGACGAAUCACAUCGUUACGCUUCUCUGCUGAGUCCCAUGACUGAUGAUGCGAUCAAAUACUCCCAAAAGAAGGUAAGGGUUUGACCUCAAUCAUCCAGAUGGAUAGCCACAGCCUUUCUUCCUAUCAUCCCUUGCGCGCUUUCUUCUCUAUUUCCAGGCUCCUUGCGAAACAUAGAACAUAGAAGCCUCUCGGAGGAGAGAUUCCUCAUAGAUCCAAUGUAAAAAUGGCCACGGUAGUUUCAUAUUCUUUUAGUUUUGCUAGCCUCCUUAUGUACAAAUUCGAAAAAAAAAAACCUUACUCAAGCGAGGCUAUUCAGGCUAAUCUUAACCUAAACAAAAGGAUAUUAAUCCCACAGUCAUUUUUUUAUUGGGUCCAUGCUGAUCUACAGUUUAAAUAGCUGUAUCAUGUUAUUUUGAAGCCCCUUGCAAACGGACGCAACAUUCUUGGUCAACGACUCCCAAAAUUGUUGGAUCUCAGGUGACUGUUGCGUCCGUUAGCACGCUCUGUUUCAUGUUAUUGCAACAAGGUGGGAGUUGUUGCAUCCGUUUGCACACUAAUGCCAACACGGACGCAACAACUCUCAACAUUCUAGGGACAACGAUGUUGGGAGUUGUUGCGUCCUUUUGCACGUAGCUUGAGUCACCUCCACACCGUUGGGUUCUGGUUGAAUAAGACACCUUUUUUUCAAGACGCUGAAUAGUAAAAUUGUUGACCCUGAAAGCCAUACCAGCCCUGUUUAACGGCAAAUAUCAUUUUAGGCGAAAUAAGGAUAUGCCCCUCCCUCCUCCGUUCAUGCUUUUAGGUUAAUCGAUGUAAAAGCCCUUAUCUUUCCCUGAGGAGCGUUAAAUCAAUUUCUGUUUCUUUUUAAAAUCGAUUUACAGUUUGUAUCGCACCCAUUAUUGUACAAAAGGCUCGAAAUGAGAUGGAAACAUGGAUUGCCAGAAGUUUUGAAGCUUUACUCUGUGCUCCUGUGGUUGGUGGUCCUUAUAGACACGGCUUUGACUCCAUUUGUUCUUCCACUUGUAAUCUUUGCCUUCUAUAGGGACCAAAAGGAGGUAGAAUGAUAUUUUCCCUUUACUACUAUUAUUGCCUAGGCGUUUUUGCGUUUUAGCUACUCUAAUACCCACGUUUGUAUUCAGUGCCAUGAAAAAUUCAGCUUCACGCAAGUCAUGAUGAUUCCUAAUUUGUGAUUAGUAGAUUCGGUGGGCAAUUCAGAGAUGGUAGGGGCAUUCUAGCCAUACAGGCUACAGUUUCCCAAAGGUUUUCCCUAGUAAUCAUAUUUGACAUUAUUUAUCUGGGGAAAGUGAGUCACACCAAAAUUUAAUUCACUCCAGGUUUAGGGCCAACUCUCGUCAAGCUUUCAUCAUCUCUAUGGUCAAAUGGUAGUUGUAAUACGAUAAGUAUAUUCUGUCUUGUUACAGUGUCGAAGACGUUUAGCAAAGGCCAAGUUACAGAGGCAGAAACAAUCCGCACCCAGUUUAUGUAGCAAAGCGUCGAUAACAAAGGAGAACAGUGAGAACAAUGGGCGCAAGGAGAGGGCUGUGAAUUCUGAUACAGCUCCUGCUAUACCUUUAAAAACCCGUAUUACCAAAUCACUGGCUCAUUUCUCAGGUAUAAGAUUCGGCGAUUAUUACAAUGAUUUUUGUUUCUUGAUAGACCCGGUGUAAAUUUUAUCCUUUUGUAAGAAGCUUUAAGUCUUCUUGUACUUGCUCUAAAUUUAAUCUUUUUUUUUCUCAGACCGGUACUAUGCUUACUGUACGUCACCUUGCGUCACGUUUUUAAAGGAAAAGCUUGGCCAGUGGGCGUUCAUUGUCCUUCACUGCCGUGUUUGCGUUUCCCCAUCUACCGUUACACCUAUGGUAGAUGAAUACUUGAUUUUUGUCUUCUUUUGUGGCAUGGCACUCAACGAAUAUCAACAAUACAAAAAAUCUCCCCGGAAGUACUUCAAGUAAGAUAAAUUGUAUUGUCAGUGUUCUAGAUAACAAUAACCUUUCACCCAUAUGGGAAAGCAUCAUCAUACUUGCGUGAUCAAUUCAUAAAAACAAUUAAACUAACUGUACUUGCACGAGGCAUUUCUAGGACUAACCAAACAAAGUAAAAGAGGUAUAAUCAAAAAGCAAAAACCACGGUCAACAAGACCCGGCAUGAUUAGAGUUAAUAACUAGAAGAUGAUACAGAGAGCUUUGGCUCGUUCUUUUUUUAGGCUUAAUUUCUGCCGUCGUCACUAGGGUCCGGUCUUGUUUCUCGAUUUCCACGCCGCUCUUCCGAGAAGGAUCGUGGACUCUUUUAUCGAACAGUGGCUUGUAAUAGAGGCUACUACCCUUUUUGGGGCUUAUCAGUGUAUCGCUGGUACGAACAUAACCAAUGAGAGUGAGUGAAAUCACCUUAAGUCAUGGAUGUUGUUACUUUGAUCCAUUUCGGGAAGAGCCAUAUCCUUGAAUUCUUAGUCAUCCCACGUACUACGUUCUUGUGGCCUAAAAAAGUUAUAUAAUGUAAACUAUUAAACAAUGCCGAAUACUGUUGUACAAGGAACGGGGGAUGACCAAUACCAAUUGCUUUUCUUACGAUCAACGUGUUUCUUUCUCUUUGCCUUUUUCCAUAAACAGUUUUCUCAUUCUUCUUAUUAAAUAUCAGUACUAGUCUAUCUGGGUAAAGAAUGCCAAGAGCGUCGAUAAAAUGGCCUUUUUGUUUGUUACAUAUUCGUCCCUGUUGUUGCAUUUCACAUCAUAGGGCAGAGGCUUUAUCGACCAGUUCACAGAGAGAUGCAUGUGUACUGUCCUCUUUUCUUGCUUUGUCUUGGCAGGGACAUGUGGAACUAUUUGGACGUUAUAGUUGAAAUCAUUUACAUCUUCAUAGUUAUCCUUCGAAUCACGACUAUUGCCCGUGGUGGAAUUCCGUACAACAACCGUUUGUUGGAGAUUAGCAACUACCUUUACGGUAUUAACACUUUAUUGAUGGUUCUUCGUGUUUCCAGCAUUCUUGAACUGAGUCCAACAAUAGGUCCACUCCAAUUGGCUUUAUACCGCAUGUGUGGAGAUUUGCUGAUUAUUCUCAGCCAGUAUUGUUUCGUCAUCUUGGGAUUCUCUAUGGCUAUAACAAAGAGCUACAAAGCAGAGCUGUCCUAUUUAACUCCACCCAGUUAUUCUGGAGAAUCCGUGGGAAAAUCUAUGGAGUGAGUUUGUUUUUGGUCUUAACACCGUUAUCAUUAUACUCUAAACAAAGAUUUUCUUCUAUUACUAGGAAGCAACCCCCGGGAUACUGAGCGGUACCAGUAUCUUGUGGCAACCAAGUCUUAGCUAGUACAACCAGUAUCAUGUGUAGAACCGAGUUAAGUGAAAUUACCUUGUUGUCGUCUUGUCGUAUAUCCAAUUUCAGUCACUAUCGAUUUAUUUUUUUUAGUUUUAGAAAGGCAGCUACUCUGCUCAUGUGGUCUGUAUUUGAACAAACGGAUUUGAAGGAAUGGCGAUCCAGCUCCCUUGAGACAUCUGAUUAUGUGUCAGCCCUGUUUCUCAUUUAUCUAGUUUUUUCCGUCAUCAUGUUGGUGAAUAUGCUGAUCGCUUUGCUGACAAAAACGUACGACAAUAUCACGGUGAGCCGAUAAUAACUUAGUUCUUUUAAACUGAAGUAUAUUAUUCAGGUACUUACUGUCAAACUAAUAAGAAUAUGAAUACUUGAAAUAUUUUGGGAAUAUUUAUUGUGUUAUGGCCAAUCACAGCGAAGAUCAGGACAUGCGUACAAGCCACAAAACCAGCCCUUUGCCGUAUUGCCAUCCCCGCAUUCAGUUUUCUUUUAAUCUCCGCAAGCUAAUUAGUUUAGUUUAGCUUUCAAAGGCCUGAUUGACUGUUCGGCCUUUAACAACACAAUAAAACUCCAGAGAUUUUUCUGGUGUUUACGGUUUUGCGAGUUUCACACUAAGCUGUCAGACGGAAUCUGUUAAAUUAUCAGCGCAAGCUGUAUUAACAGCAAAUUUUUUUAAAACAUUGCUCAAAGAAGUCAUCAAUCAAAAUUUACUUGACUUAGGCAAUGCGUGAGGUCUUUACCCAUACGAAGUAUUAAUAUAAUUAAUAUGAUUCACUUAGAUCCGUCUGUUGUUCCCGUCGUGCGCGAAUGCGCGCGAAGGACCCGAACAUCCGUAACGAGCUCUCAAUCUUUUGUGCCUAAAAAAUGCAGGACUUCUACCUUUCAGAAAUGUUUUUGCAUUAGGACCACUAGAAUCUGGAACCUGCUUAUUACUAGACUUGACCUAGACAAUGUUACUAUUGAGAACUUUAAAUCCGUCCUUUACGGUUAUUACUCGCGGGCUCUAGCAAUAAACUAUGACCCGGACUCUCCAAGGAGCUUCAAAACCAUUUGCUUGAAGUGUAACACAGCCAGGUUCUUAGACCACGAAAUUAGCUGCUGCAUGUGAUUUCAGUUGCUACUUUUAUAUUUUUUAUCUUGGGUCCGCAGUAAUUGGCUUUAGCUGUUGCGGUGUCCCUGUCCAAAUUAUUUAAGUUAUUAUUAGUGUAUUGUUACGUUUUUAUUACUAGUAUUUGCAUAUCUUCAGCUUUUUUGUAUUCAUCAUGGCAAAGCUAAUAAAAUAUAAUAAAAUUCAAUAAAGUGGCCGUACUGUAACAGAUUUCUCAAAAUUCGCGACCAGCUGGUAUCUGACCCUCCUAACUUCUCUCAACACCACCCGAUAGCCUUUUUCUCACCCUGCCUCGCAACUGUACUCCUGUUUAGUGUAUAUGAUUCUAGUGUUCUCUAGUCUCGAACAGUGAUGUCCUUGGUGGUUUAGUUUGUGAUAGCACACAUAUCAAGAUUAAAAGAAUUCAACGUGGAAGACUGAAUCCAAAAGUGCGCACAGAAAAUCAUUUGUCAGAGAUCAAAUCACCUUUUGCAGUAAAGAACCUGGGAACCUGCAUCCUAGGGUGGAAUCUAUUGCGUUUCUCUAAUUUUUUUGUGCUUACCCUUACCUCCAUAAAGAGGUAAAAAGCCCACACCGUGCACAAAAUGUCUCGAAAACAAAGUCAACUGUGGCCCAAGAUCAGAAGCUUUGUAGUUAAGCUAGUCCAUACUUCUAGCACGUAUAUUCCAGAGGCAUGGAAUCAUUUUUGUCACAAGGUGAGAUAUAUACGCGAAGGAUCCAGCUGGGUAUCCUCAAGAUCCUAGCAUCACUUCUUCAAACCAAGGAAGUUGGGUUUAAGAGACUGGGGAUCGAUAAUACCAGCUACCCAGAUUUUGAGACAACUAAGACUGCUGAAUUUGCUGCCUUUACUCAAGAACCUCACACACUGACAAAACAAAUAGUUUGCAAACGAAAGCUCGGGUAAAGUCCUGAAUUUACUCUGCAGUUUUAAGACCCUCGCACUGUUUGCUUAAAAUAAAAUUCUUCUCAUUAUUGAUGCAGACGAAACGUUAUUUUAUUUUUGUAUUAUUUUUUUCUUAGAAUAAUAAGGAAGUUGAGUGGAAAUUUUCACGCGCUGUUGUUGAAAACCAGUACAGGGGUAUGCACUCUAUGGCUGUGCCAUUUAAUCUCCUUUCGGUACCUUUACAAAUGAUGUAUUGGCUAGGAAGAAUCAAAGAUGCGAGAAAACAGGUGACUUCUAUGAUAAUCUUUCAGAAUCGUUACUUUUUUCUCAGGUACGAAAUUUCGUGUUCUAAAAGCCAUUUACUUUUUGCACCGGUCUUUUAUUGUGUGAUAUGAUUUUCUGAUUGCUAUACAAUGUCGCAAUUGUUGGGCACCAUAUAAUCCCCUCGAUUGUUUUCUAUAAGGGACCAGCAGUUAUCCAAUACUGUUAGGCGAUGUUAAAUGUUGAAGGAUGAUGUUGGAUGAGGUUCAACACAAAACAAAAUGUUUGGCCUGGAACCAGGCCUAUCCAACAGUUCUGGAUCAUUUUAAUGGAAGUGGCCAUGAUAAGAAACACUUGAGGAAACUCGCCAAAAACGUUGAAUUGGCCAUUCUGAGGUUGCGCCUGAGACUACGUGUUGCGUAGAACCACGUCAUGGAACUGUUUUUGGGAACGAAUUUUGACCCAGUUUCCAGCAUGAUAUGUACAGGCGGUUCACAAAGAAAGUCAAUUAACAUUUUUAUUUCUAACCACUAGAAACCUAUAAGUGAAAGACUUAUUACUCUUUUUAUUCAUACGAUUACAGGAAGCGAUUUGUCGCCAGAGGGAAUACAGGAAAUAUUAUCAGGAGUGUUUGUUUCCAGUAAUAACAAAACGCUAUAAAAAGAAAUAUGGUGGAUUGUUUCCAUUGUCCGGUAAGAAUUUCAUUUCAGUCAAUCUUAAUCUGCUGGCCUCUCAAUGCAAACCGUCCUUCGCGGCGGAGAGCAAAGAAAAGUGGCUCACAGUAGUUAAGUUUAAUUUGUUAUGCAAAAGAAAGUGUACAGCUGGCCGUAAUGUCUUGACGUUUCAGUUGAAGAAAAGAUGGACCUGAUAUUGAAUCGCCUCGAUCAAAUGAAAAUCCCAGCCUUCGGCGAGAACCCUUCAGUCAGCAAGGUUAGAAACAUUUAAUCUUAAAAAAAUAGAAGUAAAGUCAACUUCCAUGUGACAGGCAGUUUGUCAUUUUAUUUUUUUUUAAUAUUAUUAUUUUUUUAUUUUAUACACGGGAAAUAAUCGGCUUAAAAAGUACAUACUAAAUAAACGUUAACUACUAAAAUCUAACUGAUUUACGUGAUUGCCGUGUGGGAGCCUAAAGAAGAAUAGUAACUUUUAAGCUUCUUUUUAAAACCCCCCAGGGAGUUACAUUCCCUUAGAUCCUGAGGCAGAGAAUUCCACAAGGCAGCACCGCUUUACUGGGAAAAGCUGUGCCUCAGGUACUCUGUCCUAGGCUUAGGCAAUUCAAGUUUGUGAACUAAGUUUCUUAGAUCAUAAUUAGCACUAAAUUUGCAAAACAUUUGGUGGAGAUACAUUGGAGCAAUAUUAAGUUAAGACUUAAAAAACCAAGAUGGCCUUGUGCUUUUGUCUGUUGGACAUCAAGUUUUCCCACCAAGAGCCUACGGCUCUUGUUCUCAACCAAGUGCGUCAAGUGCGCCAAGUGGAGAAGAACUAACUUCAUAACUCGAUUUAGUUAUGAUCCGGGGGCACGUUUUUGAAACUUCUCAAGUUUUUCAGUUAAUUGAUUAUUUAUUGUAUUUGGACAAAAGCCAUAAUGGGAAUUAUGGCUCUUGAUUUGGACUCAGAUUGUUUGGAUUCUAGUUUACUGAAUAGCUUUAAAAAAAAAUCGAAAAAUUGAUCCGUACUGCUCGUCAUCCCCAGGUCGCUUUGUGCUCUGCGUGUUCUUGAUCUACGUAUAAAACUAAACGAAAUACUUCAAGAGUAACUCGAUUGGAACGGAAUUAAAAAAAGGAAAUCUUACCUAAAGAUUACUCCAAUAAUGGACCCCACUCAUUCUAUUGGACGCAAACAAUUGAACAAUUCAACAGUGUUGACUUGUGCUCUGCCUUUGAGGGAGUUUCAUGAAUGCUUUCUUAAUUAAAGACUUGGUGACAUAAUGAUAGAACAGUAGGAAAUUAUGCAAUUGACUCAUGUUUUGCAAAAGUACAUGACUUACAAGUUCUAAGAUUAAAUGAUAAACAACUCGUUCUCCAGCAGUACCAGCGUUAGCGUUCAGUUUCACCCGUUCGUUUCAACGCCGUUGAAAUCUUCUCACCAUUUUUUUCAGUCAAAUCAGUUUGGACCGCCGUACUGGAAAGGAGAUCGAAAAGGUGACUCCGUCGUUGUCGAUUUGAGAUCGAGCCACGGGGAUUCGGCAGUCGACAGAGCAGAAGUCAAGAGGAAAAGUGCAAUCAUUAGCCAAGCAGAUAGGAUGGAUCCCGGCUCUUGAAAAAGGAAUAUAAUGAGUACUUAUGCAAUUCUUUCG